CUGCUAUAAGAGCUCUUGCGUCCUGUCCUUGUCACAACUGUCACUGCAGAGAUGGCUGCUGUUUGGCUCCUGCUUCUUCUGGUGCAUGCGGUCUGGAUCGACAGAGCUACACAAGAUGCAGCCGAUGCUGGGCUUCGACAGAGACGUGUGUCAGAUGUGUCUUCCAAUGAUGUUUCGCUGGAUGAGGCUUUUGAACUUCUCCAGGCUUGGAAUUCUGUGCUGAAGCUAAAAAGUAAAGUGGCAGCCAGAGAUGACUCCAUGAGCGCCGACCACACCGGCCACAACAUGAGUGCCAACCGCAGCAUGAGCACCGACUACCCCAGCCACAGCCUGAGCGCCGACCACCACAGCCUGAGCGCCGACCACAGCAUGAGUGCCGACCGCAGCAUGAGCGCCGACUACCCCAGCCGCAGCAUGAGCGCCGACCACAACAUGAGUGCUGACCGCAGCAUGAGCGCCGACUACCCCAGCCGCAGCAUGAGUGCUGACCACCACCCCAGCCACAACAUGACCAGCAACAUGAGCGCCGACUACCCCAGCCGCAGCAUGAGUGCUGACCACCACCCCAGCCACAACAUGACUGCUGACCACCCCAACCACAGCAUGAGUGCCGACCACAACAUGAGUGCCGACCACAGCAUGAGUGCCGACUACCCCAGCCACAGCAUGAGUGCCGACCACAACAUGACCAGCCACAACAUGAGCACCGUGAGCCAGCAGCUGAACCACUUGAGUGAUAGUCUCAACCUGGGCUACCAGAAUGACAGCAUGGACGAUGACUUUGUGGUAGUUGACAUCUGAAGUGUACAGUUGUUUCAAUGGCCGCAGCAUGAUUUGAAAAAGGCAUGCAAGUGCCCAAAUGUAAUGACUAUCUGAGAGAAUAAAGAAUUUAACUUGAC